UCGGUUUUUAAUAUAGUAAUUGUAAUGAAAAAAGAAGUGCAGCAACUAGAAGCUUAAUCUAAAAUUUGAAUUGGUUCACUUAUCAGCAUUCUCGAAAACAUCAGAUAGUUAAACUGGUGGAGGAAGAAACCCAUUUGCCCAUGAAACUGAGAAUUGUCAGAGAAAAAAAAAGUAAAUAUUUCCCAAUCUAGGCAUUUCUCUCCACCAAUAACUCUGCUUACCUUAAUAAAAUGCAGAAUCAGGCAAUGGCUAUCCCCACUUCUCUCUCAUUUAUCUGUUCUGUUAAUUUCCAUGCCCAUACACCACCACCACCACCUUAUUAUAUCUAUAUCAAGCCACUCACUCUUUUUCAUUAUUACAUCACAUUUUUCAACUCUUUUUAACUCUCCUUUCAAUCCCUCUUCUAUCAGAUCGAAUUCUUUUUCCAUUUUUUCACUUUUAGAAACUAAAAAAAGGCUCGUUUCGGUUCGGUUCUGUUCGAUUCGGUGCAUGCAUUGCAGACAUGGAGAUUGAAGAAAAAGCCCCCCAAGAAGAUGACACAAGAACUUCAAGAAUCUUCCCUUGUUUAUUCUGCUCAAGAAAAUUCUACAGCUCUCAAGCAUUAGGUGGCCACCAAAACGCUCACAAGAAAGAACGAAACGCAGCAAGAAAAGCUAAAAGAUCGUCAUCAGAUCACCAUAAUAAUUACGCAGUUCCGUCACCUUCAUCACUGCCUCUUGUUUUUGCUCCACCCCAUCACCACCACCACCACCACCAUCCUCCUCCUCUCGGGCUAUUACAUCCGUCAAUGUACAUAACUGCCCAUGCAGCUAACUUACAUUGUUACCCUACCCACCAAUUCUCCGAUGGCUUUGGAUCAAGUGGUGCACCGAGGUUUGAGAGCCAUUUUAAUGGGAGUUUUUAUGGUGGGAAUGGAAAUUGUUCUUCAGAUGACAAAAGUUUCUUGAAUUGGCAGAGGAGUAUAAGGUGCAGUUAUGGAAGCGGGUCUGGUCAGCAGCCGGUUGGUAAUACUGUAGUGGUGAAUAAUAAUGAUAAUAGAGAUCAGAAACUUGAUUUGUCUCUCCAUUUGUAA